CGCGUGAACAACCCCUCCCAUCUCUCUUUCUCUCUCUCUCUUCUUCCCUCUCUAUGAGGUCACACAGAAAAGAGUGACAGACUAAAACAGUAGCGUGGAAAUGACUCGACCUCAAUCACAUAACCAAAUCCCUAUAGUUUUUCCCUCUCUCUCUCUCUGAAAUUUUCUCAAAACUCAAACCCCCAAAAUUGAAAUUUACUACUUCAACAUAGAAAUUUCAGUCCCGCUAAUUUAAACCCCGAUUUCUUCGCCCUCCCUUGCUUUUCCUAAACCUAACUCUCUCUCUCUCUCAAAUUCUCGUCCUCGAUGAUCGAUUCGCUACUCUGAACUGCAAUUUCCGACGCCAGCUUUGCUCUCUCUCUGUGCAUUCAACUCGGCAAUCGAUCUAGAUUUUCUCGAGGCCUGGAUGGCUCUAUUGUAUAAGGUGAAAGGAACAGUAUCUGUUAUGGAUAUUCCUAACUUGUUGUUUUUGCAACUCUUCGGCUAUUUGAAAGCAUGCAUCCCAUGGACAUGCUCAGGUAUAGUUUGAAAAUGGUGAAAGGUAGCAGAGGACGACGCAGGAUUAUUUCCCGACAAGCCAGGGCAACUCCAUACCCACUGCCUUCUUAUAACUCAGAUAUGUCAAUGGAAUUGUGCCCUAAGAAAUGCUCCAAGGCUUUAGAUAAGAAGGACUUGGACGAUGUGACAUGUUCUGUGUGCAUGGAGUGCCCUCACAAUGCUGUUCUUCUCCUUUGUUCCUCACAUGACAAUGGUUGCCGUCCCUACAUGUGUGGAACUAGCUAUCGGUUCUCCAACUGCCUUGAUCAGUACAAGAAUGCAUAUGCCAAAAUAACCUCAUCGAAUGAUGGACAACAUGUGCAUGGCUCUGUCGAUAGUCCCGUUUUGUUACCAGAUUCCAGUUGGCCCAUUGAGAAGUGUGAAGUCACUGAACUUGCUUGCCCCCUUUGCAGGGGACAGGUUAAAGGUUGGACUGUGGUUGAACCUGCACGAGAAUACCUAAAUGCGAAAAAGAGAAGCUGCAUGCAGGACAACUGCUCAUUCCUGGGAAAUUACAAGGAGCUGAGAAAGCACGUGAGGGCAGAGCACCCCUCUGCACGCCCGCGUGAAGUGGAUCCCAUACUUGAACAGAAAUGGAGACGGUUUGAGCGGGAGCGAGAGCGGGAUGAUGUGAUCAGCACAAUAAGGUCAACAAUGCCAGGUGCAAUGGUUUUUGGAGACUAUGUAAUAGAAAGUAAUCAUAAUGCUUUGGAUUCAGAUGAAGAGGAUGGAGGCUUUGAUGUAAACGCUAUGGCAGAGAGGGCUGGGAGCUUUGAGGUGGGCUUUGAUAGUAAUCUGGUGAAUGUCUUUCUUCUAUUGCAUGCGUUUGGGCCGUCAUCAGGGAAUGACCAUGGUAGACGGCUGAGGCAUCAGUCUGAGAGGACCUUUCAUCACCAUGCAUCAGAUCAGAAUGCUGUUGGUAUGCGCCACCCCUCUCCCGAUGUUGGGUUGGAUUCCUCUGAUCAAGAUGAUAACAAUAACAGCGACGAUGAUGGCGGCAGUGGUAUGUCGCUGGUUAGCCGCCUCCACCGCCAUGGCAAUGGAGUGUUAUUAGGACGAUCAGGUAGGAGACGCAGACGUAGAGAUGCCACCAUGGGUCCGAGGUAGAUCAAAAUGGUACUGGGAAAAAGGAGGGAGGAAUAGGAAAAAAGUUUCAUGGGUAUAUAUAUUCAGUAGGGGGAAAAAAAUAGAUAAUAACGUAAAGAAUUUGACUUCUCACAUUUCUCAUUUAUAUUGUUGCAUGGGUUGCCUGGUAGAUUAACCAGGAUGAUGAAAGGUGGAAAGAUGGCUAUUAGUCUUUCCUUGAUGUGUAUUUUUAGAUUUAAUUUCCUAAUAACCUUCAAUCCUCCUCUUGUUUUCAAUUAUGAUGAUCUUCCUAUGUGUAAUUUAUCCAUGUAAAGUUGUGGUUCUGUCUAACAUUGUGUUGAAUGUCAUGCGAUAAAUUCAAUUGCAAAUUGAACUAUUUACCUUA